AUGGACGCGGCGAAGUGUCUUUGUGUAACCCCAAAACAACUGGAAUGCGGUCAUACGAUUUGCGACGUAUGCGCGAGGCGAAUUAUUGAUUUGUCGACUGCAUCUUAUAUAAACUGUCCGAUAUGCCGUGGACCCACUGAAGUUCCAUCUGCCGGGCUUCAGACGAAUUACGCACUUUCAUCUGUGAUUGAAUUUGUAUGCAGUGGAAGUGGACGUUGCUCGCUCUGUUCGUUUAUGGUCAUUGAAAAACUAUUUUGUUUUACUUGUGAUAAGAACAAUGCUGAGGCGAGGAUUUUGUGUACGACGUGUGCUUUAAAUCAUCAUGCGUUGACAGGCCACAAACUACAAGCAUUUCAAAAACCUGAUGUUAAUAUGCUCAGUGGUACUGCAAAUCGGAUCUUGCGUGAUAAAGAUAGAUUGGAAGCGUCUAUUUCCGCUAGUUUUUCUCGUUUGUCUAAUACUAUAUCGUGUUGUUCUAAACAAUUCGGAAAAUUUUUAUCGGAAAUAGUAGAAUUAAGUAAUAAUAUUCUUUGCGGUGAUGCACCUCAGUCACUCUGCUUGAAUCAGUUCGCUAAUGCACAAAAACGUUUUAAAGUGGUUGAAUUGCUUGCUAAGCGCUAUGUCAGCAUCAUGAGAUAUGCCGAAGUUGAGUUGAAGAAUUUCAUGGAGUUUGCUGGAAAUUUGUUGAAAGAAAGUGAAAAUAAUUAUGAAUUAGUUAUUUCGAGGCUUACACUUGAACAGCCCAUUUUGGAUGCGUCUUUGGUAGAUCAUAUAAGUUCGAUUUCGCCGUUUACUUUUUCGGAAAAUGGGCGAACAAAACAAAGGCACGGAAAUAGUAGAAUAUGA